AUGCCCGUGCACGAUAUCCUGACGAUCCUGCAAAACGGGGCGCGGGCGCGUCUGCGCAGCGUCCCGCUGCCCUACACCUCAUCGUCGCUCGGCCUGACGUCGAUCUUACUCCAGCACGGCUUCAUCCACCGCGCCACGCGGGGCACGCUCGCCUCGCCUGCGGACCCGCGCGCCUUUGCGGCCGCCGCCAGCAGCCCGGCCUCGCGCCGGCUCUGGGUCGACCUCAAGUACUCGACCGACGACCGGCCCGUGCUGGGCCAUGCGCGGAGCGUGAGCAAGCCCAGCCGGCGCAUCUGGCUCGAUGCGCGCGAGCUCCUCCGUCUCGUCACGGGCCGGCGCGCCCAGUUUGUCAGCCCGCUCCAGCUGGGCGAGAUUGCCAUUGAGAAGAGGGGCAUCGAGGAGUGGAUCGAGGCGAGAGAGGCCGUCGGCAGGGGCGUCGGCGGCGAAGUCGUGGCGAGAAUCGGGUAG